CUCAGAAAAUGCCCAGGACGAAUGACAGUGGAGUAACAGAAUUCAUUCUCCUGGGGCUCACAGAGCGCCCUGAACUCCAGCCUCUCCUCUUUGUGCUGUUCCUGGUUGUGUACCUUGUCACCCUCUUGGGUAACCUGGGCAUGAUUGUGUUGAUCAGACUGGACUCUCGCCUUCACAAGCCCAUGUACUUCUUCCUUACUAAUUUAGCCUUCGUGGACUUGUGCUAUACCUCAAAUGCAACCCCACAGAUGUUGACUAAUUUCCUAUCAGAGAAGAAAACCAUCACCUUUGCUGGCUGCUUUACACAGUGUUACAUAUUCAUCGCGCUUCUCCUCACUGAGUUUUACAUGCUGGCAGCCAUGGCCUAUGACCGCUACGUCGCCAUAUGCAACCCUCUGCGUUACAGUGUGAAAAUGUCCAGGCGCGUCUGCAUCUGCUUGGCCACAUUUCCUUAUGUCUAUGGCUUCUCAGAUGGGCUGUUCCAGGCUAUCCUGACCUUCCGCUUGACCUUCUGUAGGUCCAAUGUCAUCAACCACUUCUACUGUGCUGACCCGCCACUCAUUAGGCUUUCCUGCUCUGACACUUACGUGAAAAAGCAAGCCAUGCUCAUAUCAGCUGGUUUCAAUCUCUCCAGCUCUCUCACCAUCAUCCUGGUGUCCUAUGGCUUCAUUAUUGCUGUCAUCCUCCAGAUCAAAUCAGCAGAGGGAAGGCACAAAGCAUUCUCCACCUGUGGUUCCCACAUGUUGGCUGUUACCCUAUUUUAUGGGACCCUCUUCUGCAUGUAUGUAAGACCUCCAACUGAUAAGACUGUCGAAGAAUCCAAAAUAAUAGCUAUCUUCUACACCUUUGUAAAUCCGGUGCUUAAUCCAUUGAUCUACAGUCUGCGGAACAAAGAUGUAAAGGGAGCAUUGAACACUGUCCUCCGACGAAAUGUGGUCACUAAGAUGGCAGUGCCUCCACUCGCCUAUAAACCGUAACACUAAACCUUUGGCUCAGAUGU